UCGCAAUAGCCAACUGUUUUACAUUCCUCAGCGACCGUAUAUGACAUUAGGAACAUUCAGAGACCAAAUAAUAUAUCCCGACUCUAUCGAAGACAUGCAUCGGAAGGCCAUAACUGACGACCAUUUAUUAGAAUUCCUUAGAAUCGUCCAAAUUGAGUAUUUAGUGGAAAGAGAAUCACUGGAUUCGGUUCAGGACUGGCACGACGUUCUCAGUGGUGGUGAGAAGCAGAGAAUAGCGUUGGCCCGGCUUUUAUACCAUAAGCCGUUGUUUGCAAUUCUGGAUGAAUGCACUUCAGCUGUUUCAAUAGAUGUCGAACAAUCUAUUUAUGAAUAUUUAACGAAUUCAGUUCAGUGUUCGCUAUUAAGUGUCACACAUCGAGUCAAACAACUACAACAAUACCAUCAUUUUGUCUUA